AUGACUGCACACGGCUUUAACUCAACGCCAUAUUCAGAAUUAAAUAGAAGAAUUAGAGGACCUCCUCGUCUUCUUCAAAAAGAUUAUGGUUUAGAAGGAACCUUAGCUACAGUUUUAAAAAUUGAAGAAUUUGAUAUUCCAGAAAUUAAUAAAAUGAUAUCUUGA